CGUAGGAAGUGGGAGAUUCAAAUUUUAAAAGAUGUUUAUAUGGAGGAUGUUUCGACAGUUUUAAUUUAAUAACGGGAUUAGAAAGAAAUGAAAUCUUAACAACGUCAUUUUAUAUUUUAGCGUUAAGUAUACCCACCAUUUGUGUUGAAUUUGUUUUUAUCGUUUUUAAGCUAAACGUUGGAGAACUGCUGGUCUGAAGGAUUUCACUAUGCCUGCAGACAACGCCUCUGAACUUCUUAAGCAUUAUGAGGUUUAUGAAACCAUUGGUUCAGGUGGGUUUGCCAAGGUAAAACUUGGUAGACAUUUACUGACAGGAGAAAAAGUGGCCAUCAAAAUAAUGGAAAAGAAAGACCUAGGGGAUGACCUGCCUCGAGUUAAGAUAGAAAUUGAGGCUAUGAAGAACCUCAGUCAUCAACACGUGUGUCGUCUUUAUCAUGUCAUUGAGACAUCAAGCAAGAUCUACAUGGUGCUUGAGUACUGUCCUGGUGGGGAACUUUUCGAUUACAUCAUUGCCAAAGAUCGGUUAUCAGAGGAGGAGACUCGGGUGUUUUUCCGUCAGAUCAUCUCUGCGUUGGCAUACGUUCAUAGCCAAGGCUACGCCCACAGGGACCUCAAACCAGAAAACCUGCUUAUCGAUGAAGAUCAUAACCUAAAACUCAUUGACUUUGGCCUCUGUGCCAAACCCAAGGGUGGCUUGGGUUAUGAAUUGUUGACCUGCUGUGGCAGUCCAGCAUACGCAGCUCCUGAACUCAUUCAGGGCAAGGCAUACAUUGGCUCUGAGGCUGAUGUGUGGAGUAUGGGUGUGUUGCUCUAUGCUCUGCUGUGUGGUUUUCUGCCAUUUGAUGAUGACAAUUGUAUGGUCCUCUACAGAAAAAUCUCAAGAGGAACCUACAGUCACCCACACUGGCUUUCACCCGGAAGCAUUCUGCUUAUGAACCAGAUGAUGCAGGUGGACCCAAAGAGGCGUUUGACAGUGAAACAGUUGCUUGAUCAUCCCUGGGUUUUGAAGGGUUACAGCACACCAGUGGAGUGGCACAGUAAACAUCCUCUGGGUCAUAUUGAUGAUGACUGUAUCACUGAAAUGGCGGUGGCUUUCAAACAAUCCAGGCAACGCACAAUCCAAAUUGUAUCAGAGUGGAAGUAUGACCACAUGACAGCGACUUAUCUUUUACUGCUGGCUAAAAAGCGCCAAGGUCGACCUGUCCGUCUUAGGGCCGAGCGCCCUGUGCUUGACUCCACGUGCUCUCCUUUACAAGACAUACAACUGAAGAAGAGUCUACGCUUCAGUGAGGAUGAUGAUGGUGUUCACCCAGUGGUGCUGGGCUCUGUGGUCUUCCCCCUUGAUUGCGGCGAUGACGAGAACUCCUGGACCCCUCUCACACCCAAGAACACACACACCACAAACACUCCACGCAUGAUUCUCACCUCUGAAUCAUCAGAGAAGAGGUGGUAUGACAUAGGUCAGUCCCCCAUUAUAGAGCGAGGCAAGCCCCGCCCACAGAAGCCAGAGAGACGUGAACGGACCAGAGAAAAUAAAGAAAACCUGGCUGUAAACAGCUCAGAUAGAGAUGUCUUUGCUCUUCCUGCUCCCCGAACUCCAAUGAGCAGCAGAAAGGCCACCCGAUCCAACAGAACUGUUGCGACAACACCCAACAACAACAUUAUAAACACAGGCAGUGACACAAACAGAGGAGCGGCCAGUGCCUCUAAAGAAAUGUCCCGCAGGAGAGAGAUGGACCUUCAGCAGGGAGAGCUGGAUAUGCUGGCUUUCAGCCCUGAGAGGAGGUCUCGAUCGCUGGAUCUUGCAGGUUGUCAGGUAGACAGUGGACAGAAGCGUAAGGGUGGAAAAGUGUUUGGUAGUCUGGAAAGAGGCCUGGAUAAAGUCAUCACGAUGCUCACACCCAGCAAAAAGAGGGGACCACGAGAUGGGCCACGCAAAAUUAAGGCUCAAUACAAUGUGACCCUUACCAGUCACACUAAUGCAGAUCAAGUGCUGAAUCAGAUUCUCAGCAUCUUACCGGAGAAGAAUGUGGACUUCAUUCAGAAAGGGUAUACUCUGAAGUGCCGCACGCAAUCGGACUUUGGCAAGGUGACCAUGCAGUUCGAGCUGGAGGUGUGUUUGCUGCAUAAGCCAGAGGUGGUCGGGAUUCGUCGGCAACGGCUCAAAGGUGACGCCUGGGUAUACAAACAUCUGGUAGAAGACAUCUUGUCCACCUCGAGCAUAUGAUGUCACCGACAGAGUGACAUUGCAUUACAUCCUUAGUUAAUAGAGGUCUGUUUACAGUGUCUGAUGUAUUUCACUACUUAUGACAAGGUCCACCAGUUUGCCUCGUACUAGUAUUAUUUGUCAUGCUCUCUAUCAAUGUAAAAAUAUCUUUGGUUAUUUUAAUUUAAGCUAAAUUCUGAUGAUGGAGUUGUUCUUGCAGCAUUAUUAUAAUACCCGUUACCUUUAUUUGUUUUCUGUCUUCAUCCUUAAGUGUCUGUCAUGUUUUUACUUGUUUUAAGCUCCUAAUCUGUUACUCUGUUUGUCAGUUUUGUUCAUGUUAAGUUUGUAAUAUUAAUGACUCUCUGAAUUUUAGAAAAUAAAUAUUUUUAACAGCU